CGCCUUUUAUACCACAUGGCUCGCGUCUCGCGAGUAGCCGCCAUUGCUGACCUUCAUCAUUUCUGUCAGCAGUGUCCGUUUGUGUCGAGUGCCAGCAAGAUGUCCUUCCUAAGCCGCAGCUUCAUGCCACCGUUCUUUCUGUUUCGAGGCGAGUCCUCGUACAGCGCCAUGGGCAGCCGACAACAGCAGCAGAGUGCCGGCGGCGAUCAACUGUCCCUGCGCUCGUCCAGCUUGAUCGGCGAGGAGGACAUCCCGCGGAUUCGCUUCGAACCGCUCAACACUUCGCUGGUGGUUUGGAUUCAGAUGGUCUGUUCGCUGGUGUUGACCGGAACGGGUCUGGUGUACGGAUACUACGGAUGCUUUAUCAAUGACGGAUGCAACGGGUACUACAUUAUGUUGCUGGGAAGGGCAGGCUUGUGGAUGGCGACCUACUGUGUUCAUCUGUAUGUGAAAAAGUCCCACAACCGGUUGAAGAUACUGGGCUACCAUCGGUUCCUGCGCUGGACGCAUCGCAACAAAAAGCUGCCCCUUCAGUUGGUUUCGUUCAGCAACCUGAUCAUUCUGACGAUGCACACGAUCUUCCUGGAGUAUUUCGGUGCCCAUUUCUUUAUUGACUGCCACAUCAAGCGCUUCCCGAUGAUCUUGGCGCUGAGUAUCAUCUGUGUACUCGAGUGCAUCUUCCUCAUCCUGACCCAUUUUGCGUACCUUGUCAAAGUCAAUGUCUUCAACUCGCAACGCUACCCGCCGGAUGCUAUGCUUACGGGUGAAAAUCGACGGAACUCAAUGGCUCCGGAGGAGUUUCUGAGCCAGCAAUUUUUGCUCGUGGUCAAGCUAAUGGACGAGAACCGUCACAUUUUGGACAAGAUCCGAGAAGCUCGAUCGACGGCCGAGGUGAUCAACAGCGAGUCGACCCAUCUGUCCCAGGUCGAGCAGUCCAUGAUUGGGGCUUGACAGCUUUGUUUGUUUUGUUUACGUUUAACACAGAAGCUUGUGUUUACCAAUAAAGUUCGUAUUUUCUUUUUUGUUUACUUCCAAUAAAGACCAAUGUUUUGUUUUGACGGCA